AACUUAUUAUUAAAGUUAUAAUUGUAGAUUAAAUCACCUUGAAUCCGUCUUUCAUUUAGUGAGGUGGCGUGAAGAAAUGAUAAUAUGACUUAGCUGGAUAGCGCUGGAUAGACGGAAUUGCUUUGGUGGCACAGUUUUGGACUUUUUCAAGUUUUUUGAUGUUGCGUGCAGAAAGAGAAUUCUAUACAGGAACAGCAUACUCGAGGUAUGAUAAUGCAGCUUUUGAGUUGACCAAAUUAGGAAAAACAAAGGAUAUGAAAGUUAACCUGGCAGUUUAUCCCAAUAUUUUGCAAAGUUUUCCUAAUUUAUCGCAAAGUCAAAGCUCAAGACAAACGUACAAUAAAACUGGUUCAUAUCGCUGGGAUGAAAAAAGAUCAUUUCAUCAACGUGAUGAUACAUCAUACCAUCAACUCAAUGAUGUAAAAAAAAAAUGGUUAUUUAAGGAUAAAAUAGAGUUGACUAAAAUUUUUAAAGUAAAUGAUAUAAUAUUGAAUUCAAAUGGCUGUGUGGACAAUUUUGUAUUUGUUGGAUCGUAUAACUGGGCUCGACAGAGCACACCGGAUAAUCCAGUAAUUAUAGUACCAGGUAAACCCAAAUAUUUUAAAGAAAAUCUAGUUAAUCAAAAACUUAAAGCGAGUGAUAUUCAACGUGUCUGCGAUGAAAGUAAAUAUUAUAUGAAUAAGCAUCCAAUGGAACCUAUGUUUCAAGCUGUUUUACUGUGUACUCCAGAAUACGAUUUUAGCUCGGUCGAUUUGAUAACUGAUCGUAUCAACUUACGUAAAUUAUUCGAGUUUGUUGAAGACAACUCACAAGGUUCAUUUCGAAUCGAUAUUCAAAUAAAUAAAAAUGAUACGUUAAUAUUUAUUCGCAACGAUGAGAACGUUAUUCUACCAUGUAAAGACUAUAGCGAUGAUUUUAAAAAUAAAUUUACAGAAAAUUGGUCACCUGAAGCCGGAAGUUAUUGGAAGGUUGUCACUUAUAUGUUAGGUAAUAUACGUGUUAUGUGUCAAGCUCAAGUAGAUUGCGUUGAAAAAAGUAGUUCAGUUCACGCAGAGACACUGCCAAAAAAAAAUGAACCGAUUGCAUUUAAUAAAAACUCUAGUUUAAUGCUGAUUGAAAGUGGAGAUUUUAACGGUCAAAAAUAUGAAAAAUAUGUUGAAUUAACAACAAAAAGUAUUUACAAGGGUAGUUACGAAUUCCCUCAAUAUAAAUGGAGUCACUUAUUGUUUUUUAACAUAAAAAAUAUGGUUUUUGGUUGGCAUGAGAGGGGGGUUUUAAAAAAAAUUGAAAAGAUUUCUUUUGAGGAAGUGUGUGAAAGGUGUGGUCGUAAAAAAGAGGAAUAUCAACAAUCUUUAGGGAAGUUAUGUUCUUUGAUAACGUCGAUAAAAGAAAAAAUUAAAAGUUGUGCGGAACAAAAUAGAAAUUUUGCUGUUGUCUUUGACAUUGAUAACGAUAAACAUUCGCUGGAGCUAUUUACGGUUUGUAACGAUUCUGAUGUUCUGCCCCCUGCUUUAGAGAUGAGAGUUUUCAAAUAAAUCUUUUUUUUGCUAGCA